GCUGCAGGUGGGCUUUCGGAUACUUCGCUGGAUGGCCUGAACCACUUCCUGCAAGCUGGAGGCACUGGUAAGGCCACGGGCAGCUCCAGAACUUUGCGCGCCGAGGCUGAAGCACAAGGUCAUGGCUGUUCACGAUCAGGGUGCAGGCUUCGAGGCCGUACUGGCACGCGCAGGCGACCUUUCGGCGGAGACGGACUAUGUGCAGGUCUGGUGCGACUACGUUCGCUGGUCUGCAGAAACCCGCCCUCCCGCUGAGGCGGGCGCCGUGUUGACGCGGGCAUGCCGCACGCUCCUGGGCAACGAGCGGGCAAGGUCCGACCAGCGCACCCUGCGGCUGCUGGUGCGGUACGCCAACAUGCAGCCGUGCCCGCAGGAAGUGUUUCGUUCCCUCGAGGCGCAGGGCGUGGGCGCCGGCCAGGCGCUCCUCUACGAGGCCUGGGCCUCCUGCCUGGAGCGGGCCCACCGGCACGCGGAGGCUGGCGAGGUGUACCGCCGUGGUCUGGCAGGCAAGGCGGAGCCGCAGGCCCGCCUCCGCACCCGCCUGGCCGAGUUCGAGCGGCGGGCACGCCGGCACUCGGCGCCGGUGCAGCAGGGCAACAUCACCUUCGAGGCCUGGUGGGCGGCCGUGGGCAAGUGCAAGGGCAUCGCACUCUGGAAGGGGAAGAUCGAGACCCUCAGCGGCGGCAGCCACGCAGUCAACGGCUUGACUAUCGAGACGGUUGGGCAGGCCGUUUUCCGCCACGUCGACUCGGACGGGGAGUGGA